AUGAAACAUAAACAAAUGUCAUUACGUGAAGCAUUUUAUUAUUUGCGUUUACGUCGACCAAUAAUUGGACCUAAUUUUGGCUUCAUUAAACAAUUAGCUGCUUAUGAAAAAUCUUUAUUUGGUUCAACAACUGUUUCAUUUAUUGAUACAUCAUUUGGUUCUGUACCUGACAUUUAUUUAUCAAUUGGAGGAACAUCAAAUAGUCGUCGACAAACAACAACACUUCCUGUUCAAAUAACAAAUAAAUCAUUAUCAUCAUCACCAUCAUCAUCAUCAUCAUCAUCAAGACCAAAUUCAUAUAUUAAUCGUUCGAUAACAAAUACAUUACCAAUGCAAGAUUCAAGAAUUAGUACAAGUUAUUCAAAUAAUAAUAAUAAUUAUUAUCGUCCAAUAAAUUCCUUGAUGAAUAAUUCAAAUAGUUAUAAUAGUUCAUCAUUUUUACAUGAACAACCUGAACAAACUCGUUUUAAUUCUGCAGCAUUUAAACCAUAUGAAUCUAUACGUGAGCCAUUUCUUUCGACAAGAUUAAAUGCAUUGCGAACAGGCAAAUAUGCUCCGCCAAUCUUAAAUCGUUAUUAUCUUCCAUAA